GCGUUUCACUUUCAGAAAACGCUUCCCAACCUUAAAAGCCGGAGAUUUCACCGGGUAAUGGAUUCAAGAAUCCGAUCCGUUGCCAGGGAACGUGCGUCGUGAUAAUGCGGGGCGUGUGGAGCCAUAAAGUGCAUUAUGCCAUCAAAGCAUAUCCAAUUUUAGCACUCAUAUCAUAUCCCGGUUGUUUCUCCGCAAUUCGUCGUCGAUCUUCUUUCUCCGCAAUUCUACUCCGCGUGUUGUCCCACUAAUAUCCUGUAAAAUGAAAACCUUUCCGAUUCUGUGAAUUCCAUUCUCUCUCUCGGAGGCUGAAGUUUCGAGCUCGGAGCUUACUAGGUUACGAAGACUCUCUGUUUGUAGGAUAAAAAAUGGGGCAACUUUUAUGCUGUGUUCAAGUGGACCAGUCAACUGUAGCCAUUAGAGAAACUUUUGGGAAGUUUGAUGAUGUGCUUGAGCCUGGUUGUCACUGCAUGCCAUGGGUUUUGGGCAAGCAGAUAGCUGGCCAUCUCUCCUUGCGUGUGCAGCAGCUGGAUGUUCGAUGUGAAACGAAGACAAAGGAUAAUGUCUUUGUUACUGUUGUUGCUUCUAUUCAAUACCGGGCCUUAGUAGGGAAGGCUGCAGAUGCUUUCUACAAACUCAGCAAUACCAGAGGACAAAUACAAUCCUAUGUCUUUGAUGUUAUUAGGGCAAGUGUUCCAAAGUUGGAGCUGGAUUCUGUUUUUGAACAGAAGAAUGAAAUAGCAAAAGCUGUGGAGGAGGAACUAGAAAAGGCGAUGUCUGCUUAUGGGUUCGAGAUAGUUCAGACUCUCAUUGUGGAUAUUGAACCAGAUGAGCAUGUGAAAAGGGCAAUGAAUGAGAUAAAUGCCGCUGCUAGAAUGAGGGUGGCUGCAAAUGAGAAAGCCGAAGCAGAGAAGAUAUUGCAAAUCAAACGAGCUGAGGGAGAUGCCGAGUCCAAGUAUCUGUCUGGGCUUGGCAUAGCUCGGCAACGUCAAGCCAUUGUAGACGGGCUGAGGGACAGUGUGCUGGCUUUCUCUACAAAUGUUCCUGGGACUACAUCAAAGGAUGUCAUGGACAUGGUUCUGGUGACUCAAUACUUUGACACGAUGAAAGAAAUUGGUGCAUCCUCGAAAUCCAAUUCCGUUUUCAUCCCACAUGGACCAGGUGCUGUGAAAGACAUUGCUGCACAGAUCAGAGAUGGCCUCCUUCAAGCAAAUAUCACUCAGAAAUAGUGUAUACUUUUUAGAGGGGUGGCUUUUCUCUUCUUACUCUUUUCUCUGGUUCUUCUUCCUCUUCUUUGUGAAUCAACUACACGACUAGAAGUUUGAGAGUGUUUUGCAAUUGAAGAUAUGGUGUGUAUGUGU